AUGACAGCACUGCUGGAUCACUCACUGGAGCGGGCUCCUAGACUGCACAACUCCACACUGCCUAAAUACAGUGACAUCAUGGAUUUUCAGACUAACUGGGCCGACGUUGACAACUUCUUGUACCCAGACAACACGCCUUAUGAGACCAGCAUCAUCAACAUUUUCAGCGAUCACCUGAGAACAUCUGUAGCCUCGCCUGGGGACGCCAACACAGAUUCGCCAUCAUCGACACCCACAAGUGCCUACCCCAGUCCUAGGCAUGGGGCCAUGUCUGUUGGCAGCCCGGGUUCCUCCAGUCUCAGCAGUGACAGCCCAGGUCCACAAGAGAUGAUCUAUGACGAUCUCCUCGACCUGGACUUCAUCUUGAACAAUUCCGUUGAUGGCAGCAUUUAUGAAGAUGCUCACAGCUGCCAGAAAAUCAAACAGGAACCCGGUAGUGAUGGUCUGCCAGAUUUUUCUUCUGCUUUCUUGGACAUCCCAGAAAUCAAGUUUGAUUAUAUCAACAGAGGCAACAUGUUAUUACCAAUCUCUAAACCAAAGACAGUUGGGAGUAGCAACAUUCUCACAGCCUCGUCUGGUAGUCCAGCCUUGCCACAGCAGUCUCAUCAGCAGCAAAUCAACGGCAACAUGUCCCCAGUGUCCGAGUUCAAGAUGCCCAAACAUGAGUUCUCGCAAAUGUCUCAGUCCUGCACAUCUUACACCGCUUCCCUGACCGUAGUUCCAACCAGCCAGCUCCCUACCCAGAAUCCUCAUGUUGUCUUUUCUAUGCAUGGAAGCCACCUCUCGCCUCCCAUCUCUCCUGAAAAUCAGGAUUUGAACAUGCACAGUCUGAAGAUGAACCAGCUGCCUAUGUAUCCACACGGUCACCAGCGGAUGGUUAUCAGACCAGCACACCUGAUAAACAAAAUACCUGUCCACCACCAACACCCCUCUCACCUGAGCCCAGCUGCAGGAUCCCACCAGUUGAUGACCCCACCACCAUCCCCUCAGCGGGACCAUCUCCUGGUCUCCCAGCAACCAAUUGACAACACUGUUCAGCCUAAAAAACGAGGCAGACGAACCUGGGGCCGGAAGCGUCAGACAAGCCACUCGUGCUCACAUCCUGGCUGCAGUAAAACCUACACCAAGAGCUCCCACCUGAAAGCUCACCUUCGCACUCACACGGGAGAGAAACCCUACCACUGUACCUGGAAGGGAUGUGGCUGGAAGUUUGCCCGCUCGGAUGAACUGACGCGUCACUAUCGCAAGCACACCGGCGACCGGCCAUUUCAGUGUCAUCUUUGUGAGCGAGCAUUUUCCAGAAGUGACCAUCUGUCGUUGCACAUGAAGAGACAUAUCUGA